AUGCAGUCUGGUGCUGAAGAGUUGCCAGAAGAAAUACCUGGCAUACUCGAAGGCAUGGCUUCGGUGCUGAAUUGCCCUGUAUGCGACAACUUGUUCAACGAUGCAAUGUACGCAAAUUGCGGUGAUCUCUAUUGCCGAAAUUGCCUCGAAUACAUUCUAAAAGCCAAUAAUUGCACUUGUGUUGUAUGUGACGCCAUGUUAGACCAACAUCACCUGCAGCCAGCCGAAAAUAUCCAAAACAUCGUUGCCGAGUUCGGACGCCUGCGGUCGAUCUACAGCGAUCUUAAGACACAAGUUUCGAAUUCGAGUCUCUCGGAUGGUGACAUGUCUCAACCGCGAACGCUCGAUCGACCUCCCUCAGGCUUCUUUCCACCUUCUCCAUCCUACUCGCUGUUGUGCUUUUCUCCCAACUUUGAUCCGCCAAGCUGUGCUUCGCCAUCGUGUGCCACGACCCUUGAUUAUGACUCUGAUGCCACAUUUGUUACUUCACUGCAAAUGAGAAAUGCGGCUAAUGAACAAGCUGAGCUGGAGCUGGAGCAAGAGCAUUCUAUAUCCACUGACAGGAUCUCUAUAUCAUCAGACGACAGCGAAGACGACUUGAUAGUAUUAAGUAGAGAACCGCGUCUCAUUGACGAAAUAUCACCAAGGCCUACGAAAAAACGGCGGAGCGACUACCUUAUUUUUACUGCAAGAAGAGACGCAGAGAUGAUGACCAUGCUUGCAAAGUUGGCCAAGUUUCCGAACGUCCAGAUUGCCCCCAAGUUCUCCAAUCAGGUGACGCAUGUGAUUGUUCCUGUGGAUGAGAAUAAUCGAACAAAGCGAUCUCCUAUUUAUUUAAUGGCACUGCUGCUUGGAAAAUUCGUGGUCAAUGAUCAAUACAUCAUGGUGGACGCGGAACCUUAUGAAGUGAUUGGGGACUUUGGUACCCAGAAUACGGGUAUUCCUCGCAAAGCACGGUUACAUUUGGCCAGCGGUCAACGACGACUGUUUGAAAACAUGGUAGUAGCAUUUUGGGGCGAAUUUACGCCACCAUUGACAAGAAAAGAUUUACGGACACUCAUCUUAUCAGGCGGCGGUCAGGUUCUCGCAUCAGCUGAUCAGUUGCCAUUGGAAGGGGAGAUCAUCUGCGGCCCUAAAUUACCACGCUUGCAGAUAGACGAGAUCAAGCAAAAGUACAGCAAAAUACCCAUUGUGGCGCCUUGGAUCUUGUCGAGUAUUGCCCAGUACCAAAUUCAAGAAAAGUCUCUGUUCCAUGCCGGGCAGAAAAAAUACGCGUGA